AUGGUUAACAACUCGCGCAAAUUCGCCUUUGAGGAGGAGCUCAGCCCUACAAGCCAGAAUACGUGGCAAGCUGUAGCCCAAGGCUCUUCGGGACCCAAUUAUGAACCUGAGCCUGGAAGUCCAGCGGACCUAGCAUCAACUCGAGUGCUUCGAACCGGCAGUCAGGUGGCUCGUUGGCGAAUCGAUGGAAGUCGCGAAAUUCUGGUUCCAUCAAUACCUCGCCACAAGUUUCGGCCCCUGGAUCACCCGUCAGCACACCCCUCUCCGCUCGGAGGCCAGGCCCCCUUCAAGCUGUCUACUCCGGCCUUUCUGGAAAGACCUGUGACGAAGACUUCAAUGGCCAGCAACUUCAACGACGAACAGCCUGAGACGCUAGACUUGAUCAAUGAUGCGCUGAUGAAGACUGUGGCUCGCACUACAGUGUGUCUAGCUGAGAUGGAGGUCCGCGUUGGACUGCGCACCCUUCUAGCCUGCCAGGCAGUCCAAGGCCUGGCGAAUCUUCGCCAAGAUGUGGCGUCUGGGAAGCUUAUGGGCCCCGCGCUGACCCAACGGUUGUAUCGCGAACAGUCGGAAGUUCUUGACCGCUUGGAAAGCAUCCGCGAUGCGAUGCGCAAUUGCAGUGCCCAUGAACCCAUUUGCGAGUGCCAGCUGUCGGUCUCGGACUCCAUGACAGACCAGUACACGACCAUGGACUUUUUCGCUGGCCGCGACAUUCAUGACUACGCCGAAUGUUGCCACAAUAUUGUACUCGAAAGUAGUGACGCAAAGAACCCGGCUACUGAGGCCAAAAUCAUGCAGAAGAUGUAUCGGGGCCUGGAUGAGUUCUUCAAACGGAAGGACCAGGCUGGCUUUGGGGACUACGAGCCUGAGAAAGCACGGUGCCAAAACUACGAAUCCUUUUUUGGAGCUUGGUACAGGAUGAUCUCGCCCGACAACAAGCCGUUUCUCAACAAGUUAGAUCAAGAGAUGCGUCGCCUUCAAGCUCUGGCGGAUCAACAGCGAAAGAAGAAGGUCCACAAGAAGCGCCCCGAAUUCAUCAGACGCGUGACGGGUUUUCUGAAGGGAAAAUCUGUGGAUAGAAGCUCCGGAUCGGGAUCUUUCAGUCCCUGA